CAAGAGCUUCCAUUGUCAUAGAGCUGCUUGCAGCAAUUGGCCUGAGGUGUAGGACAGGCCCCAGUGGCCUUGUGUGUCUCUCUCGUCCAUUAUUUGCCUCCCCUGCGUACCAUCAGGCUCUCCGUUCUCCCCCCACGACAGCAGCAACUUCUAGUCAAUCAAGCUCGAUCGGCGACGAGCUGCGGGCAGCCUGACCCGGCGAGGAAGUUCCAUACCCGACCAGCAUCGACCUGGGCAAAAAACCAUGGAAGUCGUGACGGGGGCUCUGCCAAGCGUCAUCACGAAGCUAGCUGGUCUAGCCGCCGGGGAGUACAACCUGCAGAAGGGGCUGAAGGGGGAGAUCAAGUUCCUGCAAGAAGAGCUUGAGAGCGUGAAGGCUGCGCUGGAGGACAUCUCCAGGACUCCGGCAGAGCAGCUUCCCAAUAAUGACAAGAUCUGGUCCAGGAAUGUGAGGGAGCUAUCCUAUGACAUAGAGGAUAGCAUUGACACGUUCAUGGUGGACUGCCAUGGCAAAAGGCUUGGCAAUCAACACGGGCUAAAAAAGGUCAUUUAUUGGAGCCUCAACUUGUUGAUGCAGCCCAAGGUUCGCCAUAAUAUUGCUAAAAAAGUCAGAGAGAUCAAGAGCCGCGUCGUGGAGGUGCACGAGCGGCGGUGCAGGUAUGAGGUCAACCUUGGUGUUGAUAAACCUGUUACUGUCGACCCUCGUUUAUUCACUCAAUACACCGAGAUGAAAGAGCUUGUUGGAAUUGAAGAGGCAAGGGAUGAGUUCAUCAAUAACUUUUUGACACAAGGGAAUAACCUUCCCAUGAAGCAAGGCAAGAUAGUUUCAAUUGUUGGAUUUGGAGGCCUGGGAAAGACAACUCUUGCUAAUGCAGUUUAUGAAAAGAUUAGAGCACAAUUCGAUUGUUGUGCUUUUGUUUCUGUGUCUCAAACUCCUGACUUGAAGAGAUUAUUCAAGGGCUUACUCAAUGAUUUUGGCAAGAGCAUUAAUGAAGAAAUAUUGGAUGAGAGUCGACUCAUAAAAGUACUCAGAGAAUUCCUUCAGGACAAAAGGUAUUUCGUUGUUGUUGAUGACAUAUGGGAUAUCUCAGUUUGGAAAAGGAUUAGAUGUGCUUUGCCUGAUAAUAAUGUUGGAUACACAAUUAUUACAACUACCCGUAUUGCUGAUGUUGCUGAACAAGCUGGUGGUCCUUACAAGCUGAAACCCCUUUCUUCAAACAACUCUCGGAAGCUAUUUUUUAGAAGAAUAUUUGGAAACAAAAACAAAGACAACAAUGAAGAAAUAGAAAAAUGUCCUGAUGAUGAACUUGCGGAAGUAUCUGACAGAAUACUAAAGAAAUGUGCUGGUGUGCCCUUAGCAAUUAUUACAAUGGCUAGCUUGCUAGCUUGCAAAGCAAGAAAUAAACUGGAGUGGUAUGAGGUGUACAAAUCUGUUGGUACUGGCAUGGAAAACAAUAUGGAUGUGGAGAAUAUGAGAAAGAUAUUGUCUUUCAGCUAUUAUGAGCUGCCAUGCCAUCUAAGGACUUGCUUGUUAUAUUUAAGCAAGUUUCCUGAAGAUUCUGAAAUUGACAAGGAACGUUUGAUAAGAAUGUGGAUAGCUGAAGGUUUUAUCCAAUGGGAAAAACAGGGGAAGAGUCCAUUUGAAAUAGGAGAGUUUUACUUCAAUAAGCUCAUAAACAGAAGUAUGAUCCAACCGAUACAAGAUCAAUAUGGCAUGCUAAAUAGUUGCCGCAUACAUGAUAUGGUGCUCGAUCUUAUCCGUUCCUUGUCAAGUGAGGAAAACUUUGUUACUGUACUGAGUGAUAUGGAUAGCACAUCUCCGUCAAAUACGAUUCGGAGGUUGUCCCUUCAAAAUGGCAAGAAAAGUGACAUAAUAGCUCAAGCUACAAGAAACUUGUUGCAACGUGCAAGGUCAGUUGUUAUCUUCCCAGCAGCCGUUGCUCAAGUGCCGGCUGCUGGCAGCUGCCGAUUUUUACGUGUUCUGGAUUUGGAGCAUUGCAACCUUUCACAUACUGAUAGCCUUAAGUACCUUGGAAAUUUAUACCAGUUGAGGUACUUAAGACUAUAUUCUACGCAUAUUUCUCAGCUCCCGGAAGAAAUAGGAAAUCUACAAUUUCUACAAACAUUGGAUGUAAGGAACAAUCCUAUUUCCAUCUUGCCUUCAAGUGUUGUCGAGCUAAGAAAUUUGAUGUGCCUAUACAUUGACACGUCUACAAGAGUGCCAAAUGGAAUCGGAAACCUAACAUGCCUUGAGCAGCUGUCACGGUUAUGCAUUGAUGGCUCCACGAUAAAUAUUAUAGAAGAGUUGGGCCAGCUAACUGAUCUGAGGCAGCUGUGUAUUGAAUUGGACGAGUGGAACGACAAGCUGUUGGAGUGCCUACACAAGCUACAAAAGAUCCAGGAACUAGAUAUCUUCCAUUUUGGUCAACGUCUGUGGGUUAGAUUUGGUUGGUUAACAACUAUUACGAUGUCUGGCUUCUGCACACUUGGAACCUGGAGGCCUUCCUAG